AUGAGGAACGACGCGCCGAGGAUACAGGGAGGAGCGCCACGGACGGGCAAGGGAGGUGGUUUCUUCUCGCUCCGCAGCGUAUCGGGCUACCUGAGGAUCGUCUCGUCCGGAGCCUCUAGUGUAGCAUCAACGGUUAAGUCAGCAGGGGCGUCGGUCGCGUCGUCUAUCGUUGAGCGGGAAGACGAUCAGGUACCCGUGCACUUUUCCUUCCGGAGUUCAACCCCUGCCAAAUUCCGCGCCAAUUCCAUGAAAACCCUUCUUCGCAAAAGAUGACAACGAACAGUGGACUCUGGUCAAUUAAAGUAUUGAGACCCGGAGAGACAUUACUAGGGAGGAGCUCGUUCCAGACCAAGGCGUCUCCCUCCUAUAUAUAUAUAUAUAGUAAUCCCAUUCCGCUUGGUUAAUUUCCCAGAUUUGUUUACCUUUCUUCCGUUGAAGAUGCGAUCGAUGAAGAUUUUGAAGCGCAAUUACUUCAUGUGGGCGAUUGAUUGUGUUCAAUAGCAUUAUCCUAGGACGCCAAAGAGUUGGCGGGUUACAGUAAAAAUGCUCUGCGUUUCGAAUCUUCUCAUAUACUUCCUCAAAAGAAAACUAUCACCCGCAUCUGACCAGUCGAUUUUAGUUCAUUGAAUUUUUUUUUCAUUGAAAGAUUUACUAAAAUUUGGGCUUGAUAGGUUUCUUUUUAUUGAAUAUUUUUGAAUUUUUGGAGCGCCAGAAUGACAAGUGUGAGCUUUCAGCCAUCCUAAGCAUGAAAAAAAAAUGGUUCUUUACCCACAGGUGCGUUGGAUCAUUUCUUUCAGGUCCAGUGGGCUGGAUUCGACAAGCUAGAAGCCGAGGGUGGCAUUCUUCGGCAGGUUUUGCUGCUGGGCUAUAGCUCUGGGUUUCAGGUCUGGGAUGUGGAAGAGGCGGAUGAUGUGCAUCAGCUGGUAUCCAGACAUGACGGCCCAGUUUCAUUCCUGCAAAUGCAGAGAAGGCCAGCAUCAGCCAUGCGGUAUGAGGAUAGGUUUGCUGAUGCCCAUCCAUUGCUGGCCAUUGCUGGUGACAGUUCCCUUCCUGGGGGCAGCAGAAACAGUGAACAUCAUCAGAAGUUGACGGAUGGCAGCCCUGCUGCUUCCAGCUCUGUCCAUUUUUAUUCCUUGAAGGCCCAUGCCUAUGUCCAUAGCCUGGAUUUCGCAUCGGCCGUCUACACUAUCCGCUGCAGCCCACGUGUUGUGGCUGUUUCUCAGGCCAAUCAGGUGGGCAUGGACAUAACUCUCUGUGGGUUUGUAAUUGCUUCACUAUGACCUCUUAUGCCAAUUCUCAUUCUGCAGAUUCAUUGCUUUGAUGCUGCAACCCUGGAGAGGGAAUACACUAUCCUCACUUACCCAGUGGCUUCAAGGCCCAUUAUCUCGGGAAGCGUGGCAUAUGGACCUCUUGCAGUGGGUACCAGGUGGCUAGCAUACAGUGGCAGCCCAGUUCUGGUUCCAGACAGUGGUCGUGUGAGCCCAGAACAUCUGGCUCCUUCAACAAGCCUGCCGAGCUCGUCAAAUGGGAGCCUUGUCGCACACUAUGCAAAAGAAUCCAGGAAGCAGGUGGUCUCGGGUUUAGUGACGCUUGGAGACAUUGGCUACAAGAAAUUGUCCAAGUACUGCUCAGAGCUCCUGCCUGAUGGCAGCAGUGGUGAACGAGGGACUCUAAAGCUGAAGACAAAUGGCUCGAUCGAUGGAUAUUUUCAAGACGACAAUAGUUCUGGAAUGGUGAUAGUUUGCUCACUAUGUCUGUCUGAUGCCUCCUUAAUAUUGCAGUCACCUUACUAUUAUUUUCUUAUCAGCUUGUUCAAGAUUUAUUUCUUAUUAAUACACGCAGGUUAUUGUCCGAGAUCUUCUUUCAAAAUCUGUCGUGGUGCAGUUUAGAGCGCAUACGAAUCCGAUUGCUGCACUAUGCUUCGAUCCAAGUGGGACUCUACUAUUAACCGCUUCUGUUCUUGGCCACAACAUGAACGUCUUCUGCAUUGUGUCCCCUUUUCAUGGAGGAUCGACCGGAUCUGAGAAGGGGGUCUUUUCGUAUAUGCAUCUAUACAAGUUGCAGCGCGGGGUGACCAAUGCGGUAGAGGCUGCACCCUUGAUUCCUUCUGAUUUAAUGUUGUAGGAUGGUUCUUUCUCCGAGAAGAAAGCAUUUAUGGCGCAUUGUUUCUCUUUGGCUUCAGGUUAUACACGACAUUAGCUUCAGCAGUGACAGCCAGUGGAUCAUGAUCAGCUCCUCACGUGGAACCAGCCAUCUUUUUGCCAUUCCACCGUCGGAAAGUGCCACAGAUCCUGGUGUGAGUGGCACUGGUGGUUUGGGCCCAUUGGCAAGAACAGCAGCUCCAUAUCCAAACAGUUCUGGCCGCUCCCUUCCUGUCACACUAUCAGUUGUGAGCAGAAUAAGGAAUGGAAGUAAUUGGUGGAGAAGCGCUGUGAAUGGUGCGGCUGCAGCAGCUACUGGGAGGAUCAGCCCAUUCUCUGGUGCCAUUGCUUCAGCUUUCCACAAUUGCAGUGGUGUUGAUGAUCACCCAGAACCCAGCUCGCUGAGGAAGAACCAUCAUCUGCUGGUAUUUUCGCCUUCGGGUUGUGUGGUACAGUAUGUGCUGUCUCACAUGGCUAAUGGGGAUAUCUCUAGACCAGACACGGCCAUCUACGAGCCUACCCAGGGGUCUGGUGCUGUAUUAGUCGUCGAGGCAACCCAAAAAUGGGAUAUCUGUCAUAAGCAGAAUAGAAGAGAUAGAGGCGAUAACGUGGACAUAUAUGGUGAUCAUGGCAGUGGAGGCAGUGCUAAACCUGUUCAUAAAGUUAUGAGAAAAGGGGCCGGUGAGGCUGCUAAGCCGGUCCUUGCUGCUGAAGAAAGGCAGCAUUUGUAUAUCUCUGAGGUUGAGUUGUGUACUCAUGCAGCUAAGACUCCUCUCUGGGUGAAAUCCGAGGUAAUCGCCUGAAGCAUCUGGAUAUGCACCCCUGCUGCACUGCUUCUUCUUCUGACCCUGUGAAGUUCUUGACAGAUCUCCUUCCAUGCUUGGGUGGAAUUCGACAUGUCACUGUAUGUGGAUGGUCUUUCUGGGGGGGAGAUUGGUGUAGAACAGAUCCCAUCUCGUGCGAUUGAGGCCAGGGCAAAGGGUCUGAUACCGGUCUUUGAGUCUCUCCAAAUGCACAGGUUCCAACCACUGAUUACCCAUGAAAGCUCGUUUUCGUUUUCAUCUGCAAGCUGUUUCCUUUUUCCACUGAGACACACUUGCCUUCUAUUUUUAGUCCAGUUGUUACUUUUUUGCAAGCAGAGAAAGUCAAACUAGGGUCAAAAUUCGUUUUUUUCCCCCCAAAAUGAAGAAGCAAAGUGGACUAAUCUUUGAUACCACAGGGUUAUUUUUGCGGCGGUCUUUUGACUUUUUCUUAGGAUGGCCGUGUUAGACAUCCAUACACUGACUAAUGGUAAUUAGAGGGGGCUGCCAUACACCAGUGGAGACGAAAAAGGAAAGGCGUUGACCUUGCCAAGAUAUAAUUGACCGCAGAGAUGAUGCCAAGUUACAGGGGAAAAAAGGAAAAAGAAAGUAGGUCUUAAGAGAGCUCAAGGAUUAGAUGGAAGAAGAAAAAAUGGACGUGGUGGUGCAUACCUGAAAAACGUACAAGGAAUCUGAGAAAUUUCUACUGUAGGAUUUGCCCAAAAGAGGGUGAGGCGAGGAAGAAAUUCACAAGAUCCUGCAUAUAUUAGAUGCGAUGGAAAUAAGGAAGAAAAUGUGUAGAAGUUUCAUUGAAUGAAAGACUUGGGGCGUUGACCUUUUGCCUUUGACCUUGGGCCUUUGUAUUUGUGAUGGAAAUCUUGGUAUUUGAGUAGUUGGAAAGAAAGGAACGUGGUGAUGACCAUUUCGUCUAUGUAUGUUCCCUAGUUACUCAUGAAAUAACUACAAAGUAAUGAUGAAUAAUACAUGGGAAAUAUAGGGGAUAAAGUCAAUGACAAGUAGCUGGAAGCUGGAUGACGAUGGUGAUGAUAAUAGCCAUGGUUUGACCUUGAAAAAAUUGUCUAUAUUUCUUUCCCACGUUCAUGACGAUCAGUUCAAAAAUUAUCUUCCUUUAAAGAGAAAAUCAUUUUUUUUUAUUACAGCAUGAUUUUAAGAACAUGAGCGCAGGUCAAAGGCAAAGUCCAUUUUUUUUAGGUUGUUCUUUCUAUUGUGCUACUGUUCUUGUUCUGAUUAAUUUUUGCGAUGGGUUAUUAUUAUUAAAUGAUGUAUAUUUUCCGGGUAAAUAG